UUGAUUUGAAACGCUUCAAGGGUACUCUACCGAUACUAUUUACCAGGUUGUUUUGACAAAAGCUUUCUCAAGGCUGGAUUCAGACUCGGUUGAAGUCCCUUUGAUCGAAAGGAACCAUGGUGUGGUCAAGGUCACCGUCCCGAGGACGUAUAUGGUUGGCUACGUUUAUGGCCUUGACGUCCAUGACGGGAAGUGGCUUUGUUUUACUGACAAACGCGCAUACGGGACCUCAUCAUCAUCAGCCUCGAGGAGGUAGCAAUACGAGCUUUCGACAAAUCUCCGGGCCACCAUCGGCAACUUCGACUUCUGUGUCGGCGCCUGCAGACGAUGGAGCAGAAGAGAUUGCCAACAACAUUUGCACCGACGAGACGCCGAGUCGGCCGAUUCCACUGCAAGCCACUAACGAGGCCGUUGCGAGCGCCAAGAUGCCUAAGAAUCAAGGGGCGCUCAAAGUAUUGUUUUUGUCCGCCGAUACCGGUGGUGGCCACCGCGCCUCGGCCGAAUCAUUGGCAAAACAGUUCCUCAUUCACUAUCCGGGCAGUACCUAUGACCUACUCGAUGUUUGGACGGAAGACGGGGUAUAUCCGUACAAAACACUCGUGGAAUCAUACAAACACCUAUCAGCACAUCCGCAGCAGUGGAAAAUGCUCUAUCAUCUUUCCAACACGAGACCGUGGGAAGUGUUAAUGGAUUGGCACAGUGCGUUCAUGUGCGAAGCCAAAAUUAGGGCACGGAUCGCCUCCUAUAAUCCGGACGUAAUUGUAUCGGUCCACCCCGCUAUGCAAUACGUACCCAUGAAAAGCGUCCGGCAUCUCUCUCGAGAGCGAGGCCGUCACAUUCCUUUCUUCACUGUCGUGACGGAUUUGGGAUCUGGUCACUGUACUUGGUUUCAAAAGCAUCCUGACAAGAUAUACAUUGCCUCGGAACGUAUUCGACGCCUUACCAAACGACGGGGUGGUACCGAGGAUUGCAAAAUUGUUAGUACAGGUUUGCCCAUUCGCCACGACUUUGCUGUUCACUCGAAGGCCAUGGGCGAUCGCACAACGCCAUCGGGACAGGCCUACGUACAAAAGAUGAAGCUCGAUUUGGGAUUGCCGGGCGACAAACCUAUGGUGCUACUCAUGGGCGGUGGAGAAGGAGUUGGGUCAUUGUCAGAAAUUGUUGAGCAAGUAUAUCGAUCACUAGUGUCGGAGGGCGUGGACGCAACUAUUUGCGUCGUCUGUGGCCGAAACGAAAAUUUGCGUCUCAGCUUGGAACAACGAGAUUGGGAUGCUGUUUUAGAGGCACGUCCCAAGUUCUCCAAACGGAGAUUUUUCUCACGUAUUCUUUGGCGUCGGCGACGCAGUCGUCGGUUGCAGGAAUCAUUAGAUCGAGCUGAAGCGUAUCAACACGACAGACCAGAUUUGGUCAACGCGAGAGCCACAGUGGAUGUGAUAGGCCUCGGCUUUGUUACGCGCAUGGCUGAAUACAUGGUGGCUGCUGAUGUCUUGGUCACUAAGGCCGGCCCAGGAAGCAUUGCCGAAGCUGCAUCGGUUGGCUUGCCUAUUAUGUUGACGAGCUUCUUGCCAGGACAAGAAGCUGGCAACGUUGACUUCGUCCUCGACGCGGGCUUUGGGGACUACAAUGGCGACCCUGUUGAAAUUGCCCAAGAACUCACAAUAUGGCUGAAAGAUCGCAAGUUACUAGUCGCUAUGAGCAAAAGCGCACAAGGCUCUGGACACCCUACCGCCGCGGAAGACAUUGUUCUUGAUAUUGGUGAGACAACGCGUGCUUGGAUGCUUCUCAACAAUAAGUGA